AUGGUUAAACGUGCUAAGAAAUCUGAUGAAAAAAUCUUUAAUAAAAAAACAAAAACUGAUAAUAAAACUACCCUACAACAGAGUAGUACACUUGAAAGAUUUUUUACUAUUAAUGAAUUUGCACAGAUGCAUGAAGAUUGGUUAUAUCUAUUAAAGGAUGAAUUGGUUAGUGAUUAUUAUCUAAACAUAAAAAGGCAAAUUGCUUCUAUCGAAAGUAGAGGUAUCGAUGUACUUCCACAGAGAAAUCUUAGAUUCCGGUGUUUUAAGACACCUCCAUCUGAUAUCUCCGUGAUAAUUGUUGGCCAGGAUCCAUACCCAAAUGAUGCAGAUGGUCUGGCAUUCAGUUCUGAGACUAUCAAGCCGUCACUUAAGAAGAUAUUUAAUCUAUUGGAAUGGGAUAUAGAGGACAUGAAAUGGUCUAGACCUAAAAUAGGUUCCUUGGAAAA